GGCAACUUUAUUCUCAUAAACUCUGUUCCUUUCCACUUGAAAACCCUUGGCCUUUCUCAAACCGUUUUAAAGCCAAGUAUUAUCGUGAAGCUUAAGAAAUCUUCCUCAGUUUUCUUUUCUCUUCAUCGUUUUCGAAAGUAUGGGUUCCCGAGAGAAAAACCUAAAGAGCUUCCACUUAAAUCGUUCUAAGAACAACAGCAAACAAGGGAUCAAAGAUGUUCCAAAAGGUUGUUUAGCAAUCAAAGUGGGAUCAAGAGAAGAGGAGAAACAAAGAUUUGUUGUUCCUGUUUUCUAUUUUAACCAUCCAUUGUUCAUGCAACUCCUAAAGGAAGCAGAAGAAGAGUAUGGAUUCGAGCAGAAAGGUACCAUCACGAUCCCUUGCCAUGUGGAGGUUUUCCGGUAUGUUCAAGACAAGAUCCAUAGAGAGAUAUCUGUUAAUUAUCAUGGCAAUCAUUAUCAUAGUAGCCAUAACCAUCUUGUUGGAUGCUUUAGAUCUUAAUGAUGAUGAUGGUAUAUCAAAUAAACAUAAAGAUGAUGCAAGCAAGCACUAGCGGUACAAAAAAAUUGUCUUUGUUUUUAAUAUUCAGCUUUAAUUCCUUUUUACUUUUGUUUUUGUUUUAGUUGGUCUAAUUCUUGUGGAGUUGUGGAGCCAAACACGGCCUAACCCACAAGAUUAAUAGUAAAAGUGCAUGGUGUUUGUAAAUAUGAAUGUAAAACGCGUGAGAUUAUGAAUGAUAGUUGUUCGGUUUAUAAAUUAUAAUUCGUUUCAGUACGCUGUAUGUUUCUCUGAUUGACGAU